CAAGACACCGGGACGAGACGCACACGCUACGUGUCUGUGCGCAACUGCAAAACUUGAAACGUGUUUUUCUUUCUGGUUACAAGAUGCGUGUCACCGUCCGUCAGAAAUAAGUCACUGUUGCGGAGAUUCAAUCCUCGCGGGACUUAAUUCGUUUCUGGUGGGGUUUGUGGUUUCGCUUUGGAAAAUAAGUGGACUUUUUGCACUAUCAUUCAAAGUUACCAGAAAAGCUCAUUCGUAAACUCGCUUGGGUGUACUUUUUCUAAGUCAGUGCACUUUAGAAAAGUUAAGAAAGAGUGCUGAAUUUUCCAGCUAACGCAUUAUUUUGGGAGCGCUCUCAAGCGACCGCAUAACAUGACCAGUCUCAAUCGAGGUUUCAUAAACGAAGCGUGGCGCGGUUCGAUUUUUAGCCAGACACGGGGACAGCGUUUCACCUCCAUUCCCAAUGCCUGAUGUGAGAUGCCCCUGUGGUUUUGAGGAGCUCCAGCAAGGGCAUGAGAAUGAGUACGGAUCUGGAGCGCGUUUCUCUCAAGUCGGGGGCGAACUCGCUGGGGUCCGGUCGUGCCUUAUCCGUUAAUGUGAAGAAGUUACACAACGCGCUCAAUGUGCUGCUGAACGACUUCGAAAGAGAGCAGUUUAUCCACUGUCUCAACGUUUACCACGCUAAGCGUAAUGUCUUCGAUCUCGUGCAGACUCUCAAAGUCAUUCUCAACACCCCCAGCAAGCGUCAACUGUUACCCAUGCUGCGUCUGGUCAUACCCCGCUCGGACCAGCUUCUUUUCGAUCAGUACACGUCGGAAGGUCUAUAUUUGAAAACGGAUCUUCUAGCAAGUCCACUUAAACAUGAGUGCUCGGAAGAAAUAAGCAACACGAACGAUCACGCAGGAGCGUCGUCCGUACACUUUCUUUCUGAGUCCGAGAAAGUCGAUCCCGUUCAGGCAUCUGUGCGCGCAGCUCCCGUUUUCAGAACCACGCAUGAGGGGACAGCUCCGGCUGGCCCGUGUUUAAACGCCGCGCUGAUGCAGGACGCGUCUGAUGAAAUUAGGCAAGUUACGCUGAAACGGAGCAAGAGCCACGAAGGACUAGGGUUCAGCAUACGAGGCGGGUCGGAGCAUGGAGUUGGGAUCUAUGUGUCCUUGGUGGAGCCUGGAUCAUCCGCUGAAAGAGAGGGACUGAGAGUUGGAGAUCAGAUCAUUAAAGUCAAUAACAUGGUGUUUGAUCGAGUCACUCAUGGAGAGGCGGUCAAGGUUUUGAAAGGUUCAAAGAAGCUCUCCAUGUCAGUCUGCUCGAUGGGGCGGAUCCCAGGUGGUUAUGUGACCAAUCACGUAUACACAUGGGUGGACCCUCAGGGCCGCAGAGUGUCCCCGCCCCCAGACUUGCAGGACCAGCCUGGCUCGGGAGGCAGACACCCGGACAUCCAGCAACAUGGACACGUACAGCACGGGGAUGCUGAGAAGAGGGUAAACAUCUCACUGGAUGACGGGCGAUCGCUGGGUCUGAUGAUCCGUGGGGGUGCUGAGUAUUCUCUAGGCAUCUACAUCACCGGAGUGGAUCGUGGUUCGGCUGCAGAAUACAGCGGGCUCAGGGUUGGGGAUCAGAUUCUGGAUGUCAAUGGCCGGAGCUUCCGGAGCAUUCCUCACGACGAGGCCGUUCAGAUCUUGAAGAAUUCCAGCCACAUGAUGAUGACCAUAAAGGACGUGGGCCGGCUGCCUCACGCACGUAGCGUGGUGGAUGAGACCAAGUGGAUCCCCAGUGUACAGAUUGCAGAGAGCUCAGCCAAUAGCAACACUCUGAGCUGUCUGUCUGUUGAUGUUGGAGCAGGAGGUUCAGGAAAGUCAGUCUGUCGGAAAGGCGUUGUGCCAGUGGUUGGGCCUGUUAGAGUCGGAGCGUGGAGCUCGCUGGAGGAACAGGCGUACAUGCUUCUGACAGAGACAGAGAGGCAAACCAUGAGCUAUUACAUUCAAGAGUACCAGCGUGGACAUAUCGGAGUUGAGCCUUUGGCGAUGGCCCUGUUUGAACUCUUCAACACACAUGCCAAGCUGUCAUUACUGGCUGAGGUGCGGACUCUCAUCGCGCCAAAGGAUCUGGAGCGCUUUGACGGGCAGGUGUUAAAUCGUGAGAUGGAGGCGUGGAGAGCUCGGCACGCAGGCUCGGGACUGCUGCAUCCUGACUCGCUCUGCAUCUCCCAUCCCGAGGGCCACGUUCCUGCAUGCCAGCUGACCCCUUCAGUCCCAGGACACAACAAGAGUGAGUGUAGAUUAGAUGGAAUUUUGAUGCCUGUUGAGAGUCUGAAAUCUCUUCCUGACAUUGCUUUGGACAAAGUGCCGUUCUCAACCGAGUCGCCCACCUCCUUCAAGCCUCAAGGCCACGUUCGACAUGCCAGCCCUAAAAGUCAGAGCAAACGGCCUUCGUCUAAGCUGUCCCAGACCAACCUGCUCUUUACCGUCCCCUGCAGGCGGCAACAAGAUAACCACCGCCACACGCACACGCACUCGCCCUGCUCGGGCCACAACUCUCCAUGUACCAUCCACCACACCACUUCCACCUGCUCUGUUCAAUACACCCCGCCCUGUUCUGUCCGUCACAACUCUCCACGAUCAUCUUAUCAGGCCAGCUCUUCCCCUGGAGCGCCACCUCGAGAUCUGGUUCAGUUUCUGAUGAGCAGGCAAGCAGCACUCUCGCCACACCAAGAGUCUCCGAACCGUUCUCGAGAAGGCACCCCCAUGAUCUCUCCACGCUCCUCUCCGUCCAUUUCGCCUUCACUGCUAAUGCCCGCACCACCUCCGUGUAGCCCUGAGAAGCCGAAGGGAUCCCCAUCGACAAACAGCCGACAUCGCCUGGAGCCCGAGGCGACGGAGGAGAGACCGCAGCCGCAGCUACGAGGAGCCACGCUGUCCCAGCUGUCAGACAGCGGGCAGACUUUGAGCGAGGACAGCGGAGUGGACAUCGCAGAGGCUGGAGGGUUGAGCAAGGAUGGCAGCCCACGGCCAGGUAAAGCUCCCUUCCUCCAGCUCACAGGAGACCCCCGCAGAGCAGAGGCCUCCGCAAAACAGAUGGGAAUAAUGGAGCCUACUCUUGUACGGGUGCCUAAGUGUGCCAGUACGCUGGGUAUUGCUGUUGAAGGGGGUGCCAACACCAGACAGCCUAUGCCACGCAUUGUGACCAUACAGAAGGGGGGCUCCGCUCACAUCUCCGGCCUGUUACGGGUGGGUCAGGUGAUUUUGGAGGUGAAUGGCGUGUCGCUCAGGGGCAUGGAGCACUGGGACGCCACUCGGGUCAUCGCAGAGGCCUUCAAGACCAACGACAAAGACCACGUGGACUUCUUGAUCGCGGAGUUCAACUCCGCUCUGUAGGAGUCCUCCAAGACUUUGCAUACCAGACGAUGCUGCGGAUACCCGCGGAGGGGACGAAUGAGUCAUGCUUGUCAUAACUGAGUCACAAAUAGCUUAGAGUUCAAGAGCCGCCACACACCCACCUUAUGUCUGCGUUCUCGCUACAACAGCAACAGCAGUCAGACUUUCUUGACUGGUGAAAGACUUCCACCGUACGCAUUUAUCGCAACAUCCUGAAUGAUGUGAAUGAGCGUGAUUUUGGCCCUUUUAUAUAUCCGUCCCACCAAAUAGAUGAGCCGCAGCACUCAUCGGGGGUCUCUUCGCCUCAAGGACGAUGAGCUAAGAGAAAUGGACAGCAUUUGAAAUGCAGUUUGAGAGAGUCAUGUGCUUCACGGCAGAUGACAGAUUGCUCCUAAAACAAAGAGCAGAUGCUUCAAACAGAUGCGGACUGUUUAUAUAAUAUCAAAUAAAAUCAAAUUAAGAUACAUAGGGUCGAAUGCUACUGAUUUAUAAUAAAUAUUCAUUUAUCCCAGAAGAACAUCUGCAUUCAGUUGCCAAAAAAACCUUAUGUUACAAAACAACUAAUAAUGAUGAUUUCACAAUGAUUACUAAAGUUUUCUUAACGUUACUGUUAAGGGUUAACGUUGUUGACGUGCGGUGUCAUGAUAUGUGCCUGGUAAUGAGAGAUAUUAAUGUGAGAUUAUGUGUCACUGUUUUCUUAUGAAAUGGCACUGUUUUACAUAAUGUUUCUUUAUACUAAAAGCGUUUAUUAUAGAUUUGGUUGUGAUAUGAACAGUUUAAAGGAAGUGGAGAGCCAAAGGGAUGUUUCUGCUUUAAUAUUUGACUAGAGGACCAGAAUGAUUCUGGACAGAUAGAGAGAGGAGCUGGACGCCUCUCAAAGUUCUUCUGUCACCACCCGCCCCCCCCCCCAAAAAAAUCAUCAGUUGUAAAUGUUAGUGUGCACACUUCACAGAGCUGUUAUGGAUAUAAGUAUUUUUUUUUAAUAGAGCAGAUGUACAAUAUAGAAUAUAGAAUCACAAUACAAUGUAGAUGUAUGUAGAAAAUACUUUUUAUGCAAAUGCACGGCUCCUGAUUAUGCAACCUACAGAGAGAGUUAUUGUAUAUAGGUAAAAUAAUCUAAAACUGUAUAUAUUUUAUUUAUGUAAUAUAUUUUGCACAUACUGUUGAUCAAAUCUUUUCAAUGACAUCAAAAACAUACAAACCCCAUCAUGAUGAAACCAAAACACCACUAGAAGCAUAGAAGCGUAUGUGCUUUAACCAUAAAAUUGAGGUUCUCUUGCCUUCUGAUGUUUUAUUCUUACACCAUCAUGUUAAUAGUUUCUUUCAAGGUUUUCCAUAUGUUUGUUGCUUGUCAUUUGUAGAUUGUCAUUGUACUUUGCAACAUGUAACACAUAGUACUCUAAUUUUACAGGAUCUGUAAUAUCAUAGGCUAUUUACAAAGCAACACCGUAUAAACACAGGGUGCAGUACAAGGAUAUCAGUAUUUUGCCCAAACUAUUUAUGAAUUCUGCUAGAAAAGAGUGAAUUACAUAAAUAUUUACAGACUGGAGAUGCAUAUCUGUACAUUUCUUGACAAAAUAAAUAAU